AUGCUGCCCUUCUUCCUGGUCCUCUCAUGCCUAGGCCAAGUGAUCGCCACAGGCAAGGACUUUGAAACACCACUUCUGCACAUUACAGUGCCACAGAAAAUCGAGAGCAACGUCGUGGAUGGCGAGGAGGGAGAAGCACAUGUCACUUACCUGGUCAAAAUUGAGGGCAAAGCAUACACGUUCCGUCUUGAGAAACAGACAUUUUUACAUCCACUUUUUGUGACAUAUUACUAUAAUCAGCUUGGAACGUUGCGACAGGAUUAUUCUUUAAUAAAGAGCCAUUGCUUUUAUCAAGGACACGCGGCCGAGAUUCCAGCAUCAGUUGUGACACUCAGCACUUGCUCAGGUCUCAGGGGCUUGCUGCAGUUAGAGAACAUCACUUAUGGAAUCGAGCCACUGGAAUCUUCAGCUACAUUUGAACACAUACUUUAUGAAAUAAAGAAUAAUAAAAUUGAUUAUUCCCCCUUUAAAGAAAACUUCUCAAGUUCCCAGGAUGAAAGUCAGUCCUUCCGAAUUCUUGUAAAACCAGAGAAAGUGGCAGAGGAGUCACUAAUGAAGAGGACUCUAAGAGUAAGGAUCAUCAUGGACAAAGCCAUGUUUGACAGUAUGGGCUCUGAGGUGGGAGUCGUGACUCAGAAGACUGUUCAUACCUUUGGUCUCAUCAACACGAUGUUUUCCCAGCUGAAGGUAACAGUGAUGCUAACCUCUCUGGAGAUCUGGUCUGACCAAAAUAAGAUCGAGACGAACGGGGACAUUGACGAGGUCCUGCAAAGGUUUCUGCUGUGGAAGCGAAGACAAGCAGGUCCAGCAGUGCCAGACAUAACAUACCUACUCCUGUAUAAAGAUCACCCUGACCAUGUGGGAGCAACCUAUCAUGGGAUGGCCUGCAAUCCGAAGUUUCCAGUAGGAAUCGCUCUGCACCCAAAGACGUUGACUGUGGAGGGCUUUGCCGUUGUUCUGACACAGCUGCUGGGGAUUAACCUGGGGUUAACGUAUGAUGACAUCUACAAUUGCUUCUGUCCAGGGAGCACCUGCAUCAUGACCCCCACAGCAAUACGCUCCCAAGGCAUAAAGGUGUUUAGCAGCUGCAGCAUGGACAGGUUCAAGCAGCUGGUCUCACAGCCUGAAUUGAACUGCCUUAAGAAUUCAUGGGCGCCAGAACAUGUUGCUCUGCCCCAAAAAGGAGAGUGCGGUAACCACGUCUUGGAGUUUCCAGAGCAGUGUGACUGCGGCGCUCCAGAGAACUGUACCCAUAAGAGCUGCUGUAACGCUAGAUUCUGCACGCUCAUCGACAAUGCCGAGUGUGGCACAGGCGCGUGCUGUGACAGACGAACGUGCAAGAUAGCCGAGAGAGGACGCAUGUGUAGGAGGAGUACUGACCUGUGUGAUUUCCCAGAGUUCUGCAACGGAUCCUCUGAAUACUGUGUGCCUGACAUAAUAGCUGCAAACCUCGAACCCUGCAGCAACAGGACCGCCUUCUGCUAUAAUGGGGUCUGCCAAGACCUGGAUAGGCAAUGCUCGAAUUUGUUCGGAAAAUAUGCUAAGGGUCCUAAUUAUUUGUGUGCACAAGAAGUAAAUAUGCAAAAUGACAAGUUUGGAAACUGUCAUGGACGCUGCAACUUUAGCGACGUAUUUUGUGGAAAACUGGUUUGUUACUGGAACUUUGCAGAAAUCGUAGAAACCGAAAAAUUUGAUGUCCAGUAUACUUACCUGUCAGACCAAGUGUGCUUGUCUGCACACUUAAGGGAGCCUGGAGACACAGAUGAGACCUAUGUUAGCGACGGUACCAUUUGCGGUCCAAACCAGGCCUGUAUCAACGGGAAAUGCGUACAUGUUCAUACCGUUAGAGGAAGAAGGACUUGUCAUUACGACAAUAAAUGCCAAGGACACGGGAUUUGCAACAUGCUAGACAACUGUCAGUGUGAACCUGGCUUUGCGCCUCCGGAGUGUGACAUGACUCCUUCAUCUCCAGGAGGAAGCUUUGAUGACGGAUUCUGGCUGCCCUAUGAUAAAAGCAUGCCUUUGAUUGUCAAGCGGCGCGGCGCCCGGUUCAAAAAGGGACUUUUGAUCAGUUUCUAUGUGUUUCUGCCUUUCCUUAUUAUGGCUGCCUUCAUGGUUGUUAAGCGGAAUAUCACCAAAGGUUUCUGGCACAGAGAGGAAGCGUUAAGUGGACGGUCAAUAGCAGAAGUUGGUGGUAUGGAGAGCAAGCCGUCAUAG